AUGGCAGUUGUAUUGACCCAAUGUUCAGAAAAGUUAGGCUACCUCGUACUUCAAUUAGGCAAAAAUUUUGUCAUGUUUAUGGUGAUGGUGAUUGUAUGCAAUGCUUUACAUUAUUUUCUAAAGCCUUAUUCACAACCUCGGAUCACUUCUGACAUAUUUGUAGGACUAGUGAUGGGGAAUGUAUCUUUCUUACGCAAAUUGUACAUGGAAUUCAACACAACCUUUGUGUUCAUCAUAGAUUUUGGUAUGAUGUGUUACAUGUUUGCUUUGGGGAUAGAAAUGGAUCCAUUCAUACUGUUCAAGAAACCAAGUAAGGAUGCUCAAGUUGCAUAUGCAGGAAUAAUUUGCACUUUCAUCAUAGCAGGCACCACAACACCAUUCCUGCAUUACUUUACAGAUCAAACCAAGUUGCUAGAAUACACAUUCUCCCUCUCAACUCUUCUAUCUAGCACAGCAUCCCCAGUUUUGACUCGUUUGAUAACGCGACUCAAGAUAGGCAAGUCGGAUAUUGGGAAGCUUGUGAUAGCAACAGGGAUGCACUCGGAUUUUGUAUGCUCCUUGCUUCUUUCGGUUGGCUACAUAGCCAUGCCAUUGGACGCAUUUUGCGAUGAUUAUGACGAAAAGAAGCGCCUUAAGAAGGCCAUCAUAAUGGGGUGUGCACUUCUUGGACAGACUGUUUUGACAGCAUUGGUUUCACCAAUCUUCAUGAACUGGGUUGAUAAUGAAAACCCGGAAGGGAAACCUAUGAAAGGUUCACAUUUGGUGUUGUCAAUUGCAGUUAUGGUCAUGGCUUGUGCCUCAUCAACUAUAUAUGAAUAUAGUCCAAUUCUAAGUGCUUUCAUGGCAGGGGUGUGUUUUCCAAGGGAAGGCAGAGUUUCCAAAUGGGUUAUUGCCAAAAUCAACUACUUGUUGACCACUAUCUUCUUUCCUAUCUUUUUCUUGUGGAUGGGUUAUGCAGCUGAUUUCAGAGAGUUUGAAGCUGGACAUCUAUUGACUUGGGCAAAAUUGUUUACACUUAUUCUCAUUGCCAUUGUCGGCAAGGUUGUUGGAACAGUUAUUUUGGGGAUGAUACUUGGUUUUCGCUGGCCGGAAUCGGUUGCAAUUGGAUUACUCCUAACCACCAAGGGCCAUUUUCACAUCUUCUUGGCUAUCAAAGCGAUAGGUUGUGGUGCCAAUACUUCAACUGGCAUUACAAUGAUAAUGGCAAUAUUUUUCACAAUAGUGCAUACUCCAUCAGUGAUAGCAUACAUCAUAAAACGUGCCAGGAAACGAGCACCAAAUCAUCGCAUGACGCUCCAGUUGCUUGACCCACUACAUGAGCUAAGGAUACUCUUGUGUGUCCACGGACCUGACAACGUUCCUGCUUCCAUCAACUUCAUGGAGAUCUCAAGAGGGGCAACACCCCCCGGCAUUGUGGUAUAUGUCGCGGACAUGAUUGAACUCACUGAUCAGAUAGCAGCAACAGUAGAGAGAGGCACAGAAGGACAUACAACAACUGUGAAAGAUGCUGCGGUCGUGGAAAUGAGGGACAAAGUAUCCAACUCUUUUCAAGCCUAUGUAGAUGAGGAUAGUGAAGGUAUUACUCUCAAAAGAACAUUAGCAGUGUCAACAAUCACUAACAUGGCACAAGACAUCUGUAUCUUAGCAGAUGAAUUGAUGAUUGCCCUCAUUAUACUACCAUUCCACAGGAACCAACGUCAGGAUGGAAAAUUGGAUAUGGGUCACCAGGGAUUCAGAUAUGUGAACAGAAAGUUAUUAAGGAGUGCUCCUUGUUCCGUGGGGAUUCUAGUUAACAGAGGCCUUGGAUCAAUUGAAAAGAUAUCAAGAACUCAGGUAUCACUGAAUGUGGCAGUAAUAUUCAUUGGCGGAAAAGAUGAUAGGGAAGCACUUGCCUAUGCAGGUAUGGUAGCACGACAUCCAGGAGUAAAACUUACAGUGAUCAGAUUUCUGGUAGAUUCCAGUGCAGAAUCCUCAAGAUUAGCAGCUUAUAGAGUCAACCUUCCAGAGCUGGAGGAAGAAGUGGGACACGACGACGAAUGUUUUGCACAAUUCUACGAAAAGCAUAUAAAUGGGGAUCGUAUUUCCUACUUAGAGAAGCAUCUUGCCAGCGCAGCCGAAACAUUCACAACUCUCAGAUCAUUUGAAGGGAAAUACUCUUUAGUCAUCGUAGGUAAAGAAGGUGGGAUGAACUCUAUAUUGACAAAAGGGAUGGACGAUUGGCAACAGUGCCCAGAAUUGGGACCAAUCGGAGAUGUACUUUCAGGACCAGAUUUCGCAAUGACAGUGUCUGUGUUGGUAAUCCAACAACAUAGACUCAAAGGAGAACUAGAUGGUCUUGAUGAGGACUUCUCCAUCAUGUAG